AUGAUAGAACUGUUUAUUGGCACAUGUAUGGGACCAAAUGGUUGGUCGUCACGCUCCUUUGUUUAUACUCUCCAAGAUGGCGAAAUACAAUAUUUACGAGGUUAUUGUAAUUUCAGUGCAGGAGUUGGGCGUACUGGAACAUUCAUUGCGUUAGACAUACUGUAUGACCAAGGCACAGACAAGGGUUCCAUUGAUGUAUUCAAGUGUGUUGAUGAACUGAGGCAACGGAGAGUAAACAUGGUUCAAACCAAGAGAUAUACUACAUGCUUGCCUGUUUCAAUAUUUCUGACCUUAAUGAGCAACUCGGGAACUGUCAGUGAGAAGAAUUCGGAGGAUGAUAUCUAUACAACAGCAAAGAAGACGGACAACAAAAGCAAAAAUAGAUAUGACAAUAUUCUUGCACCAAACGAGUUCCGACCAUUUCUGCUGACACAAGUGCCUGGAUGCCCAGACUAUAUCAAUGCUGUUUUUAUUCCGGGUUACCUUAACAAGUUUGGCUACAUUUUGACACAGACAGCACUGACGUCUACAGCUGUCGAUUGUUGUCGACUAGUGUACGAGCAGGAGGUCAAGAUCAUUGUCACAUUUCAAGAAGAUGGCGAUGAUGAUGUAAAUAUUCUCCUAACACAUACUAUUCCAGAUUAUUUAGAUAUGUCUAGUUACCUGUUUAUACUGAUCGGAAUAUAUUUACCGGAGAAAGGAUCUGUUAAGCUUGGGCCAUUUGGUAUGACAUUUGUUGCAGAUGAAAACAAGAGGGAUUACAUUAGACGUGGUUACCAGUUGACAUUUCAGUCAGAGAAACGUUCAGUUACUCAGCUAAUGUUCAAGGAAUGGCCACCGUCUAGUUUGACACCAUCAGAUCCAAGCAAAAUGUUAUAUUUUCUUGAAGAAGUAGAAACACUGCAGAGACAAAACGACGAUAAACCAAUACUAGCCCAGUGUCUAAAAGAUGCUCAACGAAGCGGUUUGAUAGUUGUACUGAUGGAUAUUUUGGAGCGUUUGCGAUUCGAUAAGGAAGUUUCAAUCUCGCUUGUGAUACGUCAGCUGAAAAUCAGACGUCAACAGAUCAUUCCAAACUUUUGGAGUAAAUCAUAG